AGGGGCCUCCCCCCCCCCAGAAAAGGGCCCCCAGGCCUCGUGGGGGUCCUGCCCCUGUUCAUGCUCAGGACAACCCUUCAUCUGCGGUUGCAAGCUGAGGUCUGAGGGCUUCCUGCAAACGUGACAGGGCUUUGCACAGGGUGGGGUGGGGGGAGCUGGGGGCUGCAAUGGAAAGUUCGUGAACUUUUGAGUCCGAACACUUGCAUCCGCACCCGGGUUGCACUGGGGAGGCUGGGAAAGGGACUUCAGCUCCUCUCCAAAAUGAGUUAAUAAUACAGAGCCUGGGGGCGGGGGUGGGAGGCCCCGGAGGAGCUCACGGGGUGGACAGGGGAAGCCAGCUGUAAAAGGCCACAUAAAUGUUAAUCAUUGGUAUUAGGAAGUGCUCAAUAAAUGCUUGUGGGAAACGAAGCAGGGGAGCCCCUCCCUGGGUGCACAUUAACCACCACGCCCCAGCCGCCAGCACAGCCGGGACGCCGCCCCCACUGGGAAGUACCCCAACUUCCCUACAGGGCUUCCCAGAUGGCUCGGCCCGACAGGCCCCGCGGUGAGGUCCUGCCAACUGGGGCGCUUCUGGCUGCCGCCCCACACUCUUCUUCUCCCCCUUCCCCCCCUCGGGGGCCAAGGGUCUCCUGCCCUGAAAGAACCAUAACCGGCCCCCCCAUCCCCUAUGCAGCCCACCAUCGGCCCAAGCUCUGACCCCAGAUACGUCCCCAGCGGGGUGGGACGUGAUCCCCCGUACAUCCCGGUGGCCCCGUCCUAUCGAUGCAGAGGACCUCGGAGCCCUGCUUCUGGAGAAGAGGGCAGAGGAGUGGCCUGGGGCCAGAGGGACCUGGGGCAAUAGGGCAACGGCAAGGGCGGGGGGCCACACCCAGGGGUGCUGGGCCGACCUGGGUCCGGGCAUCGGGGCAGCAGGUUCUGGGCUCAGCGCUGCCCCCCCGGCCCCCACCGGCGCACAGUCUCACCCACAAGCCUGCCAGCCCAGCAGACCAGCCAUGCCCAUCGGGCUGCAGGGAGGGCGUGGGCCGGGGGAGAAGGGCCCCAGGUGUUUGCUCUGAACAUGUGCCCGGGGAAGUCCGCCCGCCUGCCCACCCGCUCACUCUCCCUUGGCUCAUUGGCCCAGAAAGCUCCACCCUGCACAGGAGCAAGGAACAAAAGCUUCCCCCGGGAGGCCCUCAGGCAGACAGAGAAGCCCGGGACAGAGAGGCGAGGUGCUGCUAGACCCAGGAAAGGCUCCACGCCCCGAGCGGGUGCUCCCAACGGCCAACGGUCCCCGCAAGGGCCCACGGACUCCCCCAGCAUGAACUGGGCGUCCCUGCAGGGGCUCCUGAGCGGCGUGAACAAGUACUCCACGGCGCUGGGCCGCAUCUGGCUGUCGGUGGUGUUCCUGUUCCGCGUGCUGGUGUACGUGGUGGCGGCCGAGGAGGUGUGGGACGACGAGCAGAAGGACUUUGUGUGCAACACCAGGCAGCCCGGCUGCCCCAACGUCUGCUACGACGAGUUCUUCCCCGUGUCGCACGUGCGCCUCUGGGCGCUGCAGCUCAUCCUGGUCACCUGCCCGUCACUGCUCGUGGUCAUGCACGUGGCCUACCGGCAGGAGCGCGAGCGCAAGCACCGGCUGAAGCACGGGCCCGGCGCACCGUCGCUGUACGACAACCCGAGCAAGAAGCGCGGCGGCCUGUGGUGGACCUACCUGCUGAGCCUCAUCUUCAAGGCGGCCGUCGACUCGGGCUUCCUGUACAUCUUCCACCGCCUGUACCAGGACUAUGACAUGCCCCGCGUGGUGGCCUGCUCCGAGGCCCCGUGCCCGCACACGGUCGACUGCUACAUCUCCCGGCCCACCGAGAAGAAGGUCUUCACCUACUUCAUGGUGGCCACGGCCGUCAUCUGCAUCCUGCUCAACCUCAGCGAGGUCACCUACCUGGUGGGCAAGAGGUGCCUGGAGACCUUCGGUCCGCGGCGCAGGCGGCCGCACCACCGGGACCACCUGCCCGAUACGUGCCCCCCCUAUGCCCUCUCCCAGGGAGAGCCCCCCCAGGAUGGGAACUCCGUCCUCAUGAAAGCGGGGUCAGCCUCGAUGGACGCAGGUGGGUUCCCAUAGCCUGGAGGUGGGUAGCGAGGACCACCAGGCCCGCGAGCUGCUCCCUAAGGCCACAGCCGGGCAGUGGCAUCUCUUUGGCAGCAGGACAGGUGAGGAAGAUGGUGGCAGGGCUCAGGAAGCCUGGCCAGGGGCCAGGGCUGGGGCGCGGCCGGGUGUCCGGGGCCCCGGGGGAGGGAGGUUGGUGGCUCGUGUGAAUUUUGUACCUGGCAGUGGGGUAUGUUACAGCCAUUAAUAAACAUGAUUUUCCUGGUA